AUGGAGUGCUACACAAAGAAAAAGAACAGGUGCUUCACACCUCCACAAGGACGCAACCCCAAACUGGACACCUAUAUUGUUAGCUUCAGAUUGCAAGCUACAUCCCUGAUAUCCAGCCAGCAAAAGAAAAUUCUGUACAAUCUUUCACCACUAUAGCGAAGGGCUAUACACGAUUUGUGCAAUAAUCAGGCCAUCACCAUCAAACCAGCGGAUAAAGGGGGAGCAGUAGUUGUGAUGGAUACAAACAAAUACAUACAAGAAGGCCAGAGGUAGCUGGAAAACGCCAUCCAAAUCGAAUAUGUUCCGACCCAAGA